AUGUCCACUUCUAACUCCACCGGCUUCCCUAUCACCACCUACUCGAUACCCAGCGACGCCGACCUGCUAGCCAACGAACGAGUGUCUUUUGCCCAUGGGCAACGACACAACCAAGCCAACGUCACUGAUACCAUAGAGCUAAUGUCAGCAAAAGUCAUCUAUACCUAUCUCUUUUACGAGACCGAAAAACGCUGCCCCCAUGCGUAUUACGCUCUUUCUUCCAUGCAUACCUUCCUUGCCAUAGACCUCGUAGCUGACGAACUCCUAAAAGCCAUAGACUCAAUACAUUCGUUGGAAAGACUCGAGUAUCUGUCGGGCACUCUGGAUGAAAAAGUUAGUUUUGGAGUCUUUGGAACAACACUUGAGGAUGAGCUCCUUGAAUGGGCAGAUGGACUUGGCAAAGGAAUAUUUGGAAUCAGACGGGAGGACAUUGCUAAACAAAGCUCGCACGCGGAUAGAGUGAGAUGGUUGUACGAGUACUCCUCCGCCCGGUUUGUCCCUCCGGUCCCCGUCGCACCCAGACCAGACCAGUGUUACCCCGGAGCGCACUUACCACAUUGUCACCCAUCAACCUCCACCCAUCCCGUCGGAGGAAAAAUAUAUUCCCACCGUCCCAACCAGCCUGAUCUCACAAGAGUCGAGCCACUCCAGUCCCCGUUCCAUUGGGUCGAACCCAAAACCACCAUCUCCCCCAUCAUCUCCACCUCAACCAGUGCCAAACGCCCAAACCCGGAGCCUGACAAACCAACGAGGAGCCUGACACGGCCGGCAAGAGGUGAUACUCCAGAUCCCCACCACCAGAACUCCAUCGAAGCGGCAGUCUUGCCUGAAACUGGCUCUCCCUCUAACCCAAUCAAUGUAGACAACGACACAGCCAUGAUUGAUCAGUUGUAUGCAGGAACGUACGACCUGGGAGAUGAUGAUCCAACCACUCCCCAAUCCGACACCUCUUCUAAUACCCAACAAAGAUACCACAAAGGUGUUCGUAACAACGCUCCAUACUGCCAAAACUGCGGUUGGAGUGAUCAUUGCACAUACUAUUGCGAAGCCUACUAUUGUCCCGACUGUGACCGUCGUGCACCGGGACAUAGUUUCAAUUGGUGUCCCAUGCGCAGGGAAGACGAGGAUAGGAUCCUGAUGGAAGGAUUACAUGGAGAUGUCAGCUACAAUGACAGUUACAAUAUGGACGGCGAAGGUACCGAAUUUUGGUGA